AUGCUAAUCUUCGAAACUGCUCAAGUGAGGUUCGUUGAUGAAACGGUCAUCAUUAAGCGGCUGUAUGAGGUUGUAGAGUCAGAGCACGAUGGCUCGACCGAGCAGUCUCGUGGGGUCAAUGAUGCCCCUGUAACUCCGAUCGGGACUGGGCAGUAUCAAGCCCUCGAGCAGUAUACGCCGCCAUUGACGGGUGAUAAUCAUCCGCUACAGACUCUGUACCAUAAUGGUCGCUCGUCUGAGUUGGGAUUGUUGAUGGGAAAUGCUUUUCAGCAUUCUGACAGAAAUCCUGGGAGGGAGGUGCAGACUGAUAGUUUGGUGCAGGAACCAAGAUUCUCGUUUAACGAGAGAGAAGCGACGUUAAUGCGUAAUUAUGUUGAGAAUAUGGCUUUGUGGGUAGGAGCGGAUGAUUGGUAUUUUGAAUUUCUUGUUCUUGCCGCUGACCCCUCAAAGGCAGACAUAACCGACCCUCAUCGACACUUUGAAAUAGAGGUGCCCGUGAGAGCAAUGCAGGAUCCGGUUCUGCGAUACGCUAUCUUCGCUUUCUCUUCUCGUCACGUGGAGCGGCAGAGGAAGGGAAAUGAAGCAGAAGCGCUGCAAUAUCAUAACCACUGCCUGCAGCUGCUGAUUCCUACAUUAUCUGGAACAGGAGGUGACUUGACUGAUGUUGUUCUCGCUACUGUUGCGAUCCUACGCCAACACGAGGAAAUGGAGUAUGAUGAUAACCAGUUCCAUCUGACAGGAGCCACGCGUAUAAUAAACUCUGUCUCCUCUUUUGGAUCCUCGGGCGGGUUGGGUGAAGCGGCAGCCUGGCUCUGUCUCCGUGAGGACAUUCACGUAUCACUGAUCUCGCAAAAGCCCUUACGAACAAAUUUGGAAAGCUUCCAUCAUUCCGAUAUAUUCCUGAGAGACGAUGACUUCGCAUGGGCAGCUCGAAUGGUCUUUCUAUUAGCCAAAGUAUUGAAAUGUGCGUUCAAUCAGGUGUCUUCGCCAGAAUAUACUGCGCUGCAGAGUAUUGCUCAGGAAGUAGAGGACUGGUAUGCCAGGAAGCCGUCCUCAUUCCAGCCUCUGCGCGAGCUCCCUCGUGGAAAGGAUGCUUCGUGUCGAUUUCCAGAGGUCUGGAUGUUACUACCGGUGCACGUUCCUCCUAACUAUCUCAAGAAAACAAUACGAUAUCACCUUUUCAUGGUGCUUGGACUGGCCAAGUCAAACCCCAAAGCGGAGAAUACGCUUUUCACCGCACGGCAUAGCCUGGUAGCGUGGGGCUGGGUCAUUCGGCAAAAAGCGGACCAGCAGGCUGCAGAGAUUCUCCUGAAAGAAAUGUGGACGAGAACGGGGUGGGAUGUGUAUCAUUCGGCAAAACGGAGCGCUAUGCGCUGUGCCACCUAUCUCAGGAUAGGUCGACUCCAACAGUCCCAGCACGUCACCAGCUUUGCCCUUGUUCUGAGUCCAGUCAAGUGUGGAUCUCGGCCAGGCAGCCGUCGUCCGCAUUGCCCCUGUGAUGAGUCCGGCCACGCUAUGAGACCUGCCAGGCAAAUCGAUGCAGAAACGUUGGGAGUGCGUCUCUGUGCUGGACUCUCGUUCUCUCUAUCAGUUUUAAUUCGCCCGGGCAUAUGCACCGGUGGAUUAGCACCAUCUGAUCAAGUGGCUGAAAGCUUAAAAGAACGAUAUGACCGCCGGGAUAUUGCGACACAUGCCGAUUGGCAGAUAAUGGCCGUAGAUAUAACUGGCGCUCAGGACUGCUGGGCUGUAGGCGUCACAUUGGGCAUGACUUCACUGCACCAACUCAUGCGACAACCGAUGCGAUGCAGUUUCGCGGACCAGUGGAACCAAGUCCCAACCUUGAGAAUUCACCUGAAUCCGAUCGGGCACCUCACCAUCGGGCCUCAUUGUAGCGGUGUAGACAGGACAAAAGUGGCAAUGGAUCUUGAAAUCGCGAACUUAAAUGGCAUCUCGUGCACGUCGGACGCCCUGCAUAUAGCCUCGCCUAUCACGCUGCGCCAUUGCCAUGCAUGCUGCAGAGACUAUCGCACCACGGAGACUGCCGGCUCCCAUAGGGUCCAAGCGGAAAUGCAACCAUGGAAGCCGGAAAUGAGAGCAUCGCGUCCGCCUCCGUUUUCAUCAUGGAGGAACGCCUUCAACAACACUAGCUCCUUCCAGUUCCGCCUGAUCGGCUGGGGCGAAAUCAAUAUCCCGCCCCCGGUCCAAUGGCCUGUCACUUUCCCCGCAUCUUGCAGACUCUAUCUAUCUACUUUGCCAUUGAUCGAAUCAAUGCCUGACAACAACACUACCUCCUCCCGGCCAGUAAAAGGCCGCCACCCCUUCUCGUCUCUCCGGUCCCUUUUCACCUCUGCCGGCAAACAGGACAAGCCUUUUACUACUCCGACUGGUCUCUCCGAGCAUCUACUACCCAACACCACCAACAAUACUACUAUUACCCACCAACCAGGCUCACCACCACAACCACCAUCACAACAACCAGAUUUAUUCACCUCCGAAAUAUCCAAACCACCACUACCAAAUUCACAUCCAGAACCGGAAACACCCUCAGAAAAAGAUACCGCCUCUUUCAUCUGGGAAGACAUCACCCCCCCAGCCGAGUACUACCUUUCCGACAAGACAACACCACCGUCACCACCCCCAACUUACACAUACUCCCAACAAAAACAACAACAACCACAAGACAAAGAACAGGAUUCCACCAUGAUCGACACAACCACCAGAUCAAUCCCCGUCUCCUCCCUCCCAGGCUACAACGACGUCAGCGGCGCCGUCAUCGUCGACUACGACGGCUUCCCGCACUUCCUCUCCCCCCAGGAAGAAGAAGAAAGGAAAAUGAAGCUUCAGCGCGCUGUCCAGGAGAAGAUGCUGGGCUUGCCGAGACAGACUAGCUUCGAGUGGGAGAGGCCUCUGUCUGGUGGGUCGGCGGCCGGGUGGUUACCGAGGUAUACACCUUCGAAGAAGGGGGCGCAGCGGUGA